AUGUCUAAUAUCGGCUUACAAAUUCGUCAGUCAGUCCCUUCUAUCGAUCCUGUUGUGGCAGAUUACGCAGUGGGUUAUAUCCAGCAUGUUUCACAAUCGACUGAAGAUAGUGUUUCUGCUCAGCAGGUUGAUAUUGACAAUGAAAUGGAAUUUAUAAAAGAAUUGUUGAUUAAUGCUGGUGGUUCAGAUGACAAAGUUUCACAGUUGGCUAAGACUGUAUCUGAACAAUUAACUACAAAAUUGAAGGAAAAUAUGGCAAAGUUAGAAGUUACUGGUGAUACUUCUAGAAGAUUGUUGGACGUUAACUUGUUACGUCAAAAUAAUUCAAAGAGAGAUAUUAACUCUUCAUUAGCAUUAUUAAAUGCAAGUAAUGACAUUGAGCAUACUGGUAGAAAGAUGGAGACUAGAGUGGAUAAGAAAAAGUUGGAAAAACAGGAAAGGAAGAUUGCCAAAAAGGUGGCCAAGAGAAAUAACAAAUUUGUCCAAUAUGAAGCUUCUAAGUUAAUUAACGAAAAGAACGAUGAAGAUUAUGAUUCCUUUUUCCUUGAAAUUAAUCCUCUUGAUUUCGGUUCGAGUGCAGGGAAAUCAAAAGAUAUUAAGCUUGAUAACUUCGAUUUAUAUGUUGGUGAUGGUCAAAGAAUCUUGAGUGAGUCUUCAUUGACUUUGGCUUACGGUAGGAGAUAUGGUUUGGUUGGUCAAAAUGGUAUCGGUAAAUCUACAUUAUUGAAAGCAUUAUCAAGAAGAGAAUUAAACGUUCCGAAGCACAUUACCAUCUUACAUGUGGAACAAGAAAUUAGAGGUGAUGAUACUUCGGCAUUACAGAGUGUUUUAGAUGCUGAUGUUUGGCGUAAGAGUUUGUUACAAGAGGAAGCGAAAAUUUCCGAAAGAAUUAGUGAAAUUGAAAAGUUAAGAACCAAAUUCGAUGAAGAAUCAAAUGAAGUUAUAAAAUUAGACAAUGAAAGAGAAGAUUUGGAUAGGCACUUGCAGGACGUUAAUGAAAAAUUAUAUGAAAUGGAAUCCGAUAAAGCUGAAAGUAGAGCUGCGGCGAUUUUAUAUGGUCUUGGUUUUACUAAAGAAACGCAACAUUUGGCAACGAAGUUAUUCUCUGGUGGUUGGAGAAUGAGAUUGUCAUUAGCAAGAGCCUUAUUCUGUGAGCCUGAUUUAUUGUUAUUAGAUGAACCCUCUAAUAUGUUGGAUGUUCCAUCUAUUACUUACUUGGCGAAAUAUUUACAGAACUAUAAAUCAACAGUGUUGGUAGUUUCGCAUGACAGAGCAUUCUUAAAUGAAGUGGCUACCGAUAUCAUUCAUCAACAUUCAGAAAGGUUAGAUUAUUAUAGAGGAUCCAAUUUCGAUUCUUUCUACGCAUCGAAAGAAGAAAGAAUUAAGAACCAACGUCGUGAAUAUGAAAAUCAAAUGGCAUACCGUCAACACUUGCAAGCAUUUAUUGAUAAAUUCAGAUAUAAUGCGGCUAAGUCUUCUGAAGCACAAUCACGUAUUAAGAAGUUGGAGAAAUUACCAAUCUUAGAGGCUCCAGAAGAUGAUAAGGUAGUGACAUUCAAAUUCCCAGAUCCAGAUAAUAUAUCACCUCCUAUUUUGAGAAUGGAAGAUGUUACGUUUGGAUAUAAUCCUUCUAAGAUUUUGUUGAAGAACGUUGAUUUAGAUGUGCAAAUGGACUCUCGUAUUGCGUUCUGUGGUGGUAACGGUACUGGUAAGACUACGUUAUUGAAGUUAUUAAUGGAAAAUUUGACUCCAACAAGUGGGUUCGUUUCAAGGAAUGGAAGAUUGAGAAUUGGUUAUUUUGCUCAACAUCAUGUUGAUGCGAUGGAUUUGACUCUUUCAGCUGUCCUGUGGAUGUCGCAGACUUUCCCUGGUAAAUCAGAUGAAGAAUACAGACGUCACUUGGGUUCGUUUGGUAUUACUGGUUCAUUAGGUUUACAAAAAAUGGAAUUGUUGUCUGGGGGUCAGAAGUCCAGAGUUGCAUUUGCAGCUUUAUGUUUAAACCAACCUCAUAUCUUAAUUUUGGAUGAACCUUCUAAUCACUUGGAUACUCAAGGUUUAGAUGCCUUAGCUGAUGCGUUGCUUCAAUUCAAGGGUGGUGUCUUAAUGGUUUCGCACGAUGUCUCUAUCAUUGAUAGAGUGUGUAAUGAAAUCUGGGUCAGUGAAGACCAAACAGUAAAGAGAUUCCCUGGUAAUAUUAAUGAUUACAAGAAACACAUUUUGGCUUCUGCUGAUGCAGCUGGUGUUGUUAGUAAGCAUUGA